UAAAAAAUAAAAGACAUUUUUCAAAGAACAUACAAAAAUUUUGUUUUUCUCAAAUAAGAAUAAUUGCAAAAAUUUUCCAAUUUAUUAAUUUAAAAUAUAAAAUUAAAAUCAUACCGACGAAUAGGACAUCAAUAUGAGUUCAAAAGACAAAGACAAUCGUCUUAAUAAAGUUCGUCAAUUUUUUCGUUCGGUUGGUCGAAGUACCGGUGGAAAUGCAAGAGAAGAACGUGAUUUAAGACCAGCUCUGGAAUCUGAGUUGCGUCCAGAAACUCCUGUAGCUCAAAGAUGUAAAACUCUCAAAGAAUUAGGUGAAGAUUUACGUUCAGAGAAUUUAGAUGAGUCAUCUGUUACUAAACUCUGGGAUCUUACCAAGGAUCUUAUAGUGGAUAAUAAAUCGACAGAACAUCGUCAGACAACAUUGACUUUCUACAAGAUUCUUAUUCAGACUCAGUAUAGGAAGUUGACUCUUAUGCGAGAGCAUUUCUUUCUUGUUAUUCAAAAUCAUGAAGUUCCUGAAGAUUUGAAACAUCGUCUCGAAUUACUUAUUGCAUUGACUGAAAAUGGCAAGGACAUCACUCAUUUUGAGGAGAAGAUUGGAAAAUUCAUGCUCCAAUGGCUUCCACAAAUUGCCAAUGGUCUUUUACUCUGCCAGUAUCUCGAUAUGUUGGUUAAUCUAAUAAAAUUCAAUGCUGCUCAUUUAGAUAAUGAAAUUGUUGUUGGAAUUGUUCAAAAUGCUUGUCAGUUAAGCUGUACCGUAUCAGACGAUGCUAUUGGAUUACAAUGUUUAAAUAUUCUCGAAUUAGUUUUAUGCUACACAAUAUUUCCUAAUGAAACAUUGGCGCUAUGUGUAAUGACUCUAUGCCGUACAGUUAAUCAUAUUCCAUAUUGUCAAACAUCUUGGAAGAAUAUGAAAAAACUGCUUGGAACAAAUUUGGGUUACUCAUCGUUGCUCAUAAUGUUCAACAUUCUAAAUGACAAAACAUACUACAAUGAUCCCAAUCUACUACGUGGAGCAGUUUUCCACAUCAACAUGGGUAUAUUUGGAUCAACUCAUACUUUGGUCUUUUCACCAAUUUUCUCGACAACAUCGUCCGUUUUGAUGAGCUUUUUACAUGCACUUGAAAGUAAAAAACUAAUUGUCACCUACGAAGUAAUUCUCAGCAUUCGAAAAGUCGUAACCAAAUACGGCGAGGAUCUACCCGAAAGAAUUUGGGAUAUUAUUUGUGAAAUCUUAUCAGCAAUUGCUGAUAAUAUAAUUUAUUAUGAAAAAGAAGGUCUACGCAAAGAUUUCACUUUGCAAGAAAAUUUCCACGAAACCAUCGAUGUUAUUGAAGAACUAAUGCAUGCUGACAAACUACUAGCCAAUAAAGAUCUAAUUUAUGAUCUUAUCGAACGUGUUUCCGAAAGUCGACCCGAAAGCUCUGUCCUCAAUCUAAUUGACUACCGAUCCAAAAAGAUCUCUGCGACGAAACCAGAAUGGUUGACACUCCUCAAUGACUUUGUUUGUCGAUUCUAUCGUAUUCCAAAUACAAAUAUUCGAGUUAAAACAAUUCAUUCGUUGAUGCAAAUUAUGGACGCUAGUCGGGCGAGUUACGAAGAAGAAAUACUCCAACGUGUGGUGAUUCCUCAAUUUGGUAAUAUUGCCAGUGAGCCAGAUCUUAUGAUUAGAGUUGUUGUAUGCAAGGCUCUGGUGCAAUUUGCAACCGAUUGUGAAACAAAAAGAUGUGGUGAAUUGAUUGAUAUCAUGGAAAAGGUAUUGAAUCGGCCAUUUGAACAGUACGCUUUGGAUGAGAGUGUUUGCAAGUCAGAGGGAGAAAUUCAAGAUGUUUCCACUGUGGUGGAUGGGUUGAUAAGGAUUUUUAUAGUCAAACUCUAUCAUUUGCCACCGAGUCAUGCUAUAAAGGUGUUUAAUAUUUUAAUGAGCCAUCUCGAGCAGCAUUAUCAAAAACCUAAAGUUUUUGAACAUGUUAGUUUGGUUAGGAGUAAGAUAUUUUCAUGGAUGUUGAAAGCACGAGCAAAUGCUUCCUAUCACAUUGGCUAUCCUGAUCACGAAAGUGGAACCAUACGAUUUAGUCCCUACCUCGGAAUUGAAUCUAAUCUCCCACAUGGCGUUAGCGGCCAUUCAGUCCAAGCUGGUCAAGAGCAUGUGCCUGUAAAUUUCGCAACAAUCUCAAUUCGCAGAGCAUGCAAGAUUAUUGUGAAAUGCAUUGCGGAGGAUAAAGAUUACAAUAUAUUCCAGUUGGUUGUCAAGGAAUUGCCACAAAUUCUUCAAAACAAAGCUCUCAUCUUAGGCAAUGACAUGGAGGCCCUAGGUUCAGCCCUAUGCAACGUCCUCCCCGAUCCAAAAUCUCCACCGCGAAGUUUUCACACAGCCAAACCAUCUCUCGACGAAUGCAAUGCUUUGAUUCUUCCAGCAAUUGCUAGUCUAGUAAUCUAUCAUCAGUUUCUAUCAUCCGAUUUGAAACUCCGCAUGAUCGAAGCUGUCAAAGUGGUCAUACGUUCAAAUGCCAAUGCACACAUUUGCAUCAACACACUAUCCAUAAUGAUUCUCGAGAUGCCCGAGACUCUCUCCCGUCAACUAGCCGAAGUUCUUUUAGAAAUAAGCAAGAUGUCUCGCACAGCUAGUGUUGCCAUUCCGGUGCUGGAAUUUCUUUCAAUACUUAGUCGUUUGCCCAACGACUUGUUUGCUAACUUUGUUCCCAUGCACUAUAUGUACGUGUUUGCGGUGUCACUCAGUUACACCAAGCCGCAUCCUUAUGACCAUUAUACAGUUUCGCUGGCUCAUCAUGUCAUGACUGGAUGGUUGUUGAAAUGCAAAAUGAAUAUGAGGAAAAAUUUCGUAAUGUAUAUUAUAUCGGGUCUCCAAACAGAUGCCAAUGUUCCAAUCAAAGACAUGACUAUCCGCAAUGAAGAUUCAUCUAGUCGCCAACGAAGUACAAGCUUGACAGAGCGUGUCAGUCGUAAUCGUGACAGUGCCUUCGACAUGAGUGACAAUUUGAAGAGUAUUCAAGGUGAACUAGCUGAGACCGUUAUAGAUUUCUUAGCUAGGCAUACAUUCUCUCCGUGUUCGACACUUCCAAAAAGAUUACCAGCAAUUGAAUGCAUGCUUAAAGAUGGACCAUCUCAGACUUGGUUAGUCGGACAUAAUCUUGUAACGAUCACAACUAACGGUUGUCCAUCGGCACCCAAAUCGAAUGGCUUGUGUGAUCGUUGUUCAUUAUUAAUGAACAAAAGUAAUUCACCCUACGCUAAAAGUGAAGUAACAGGUACUCCAAGUUCUAUUGCCGGAGGUCCUAUAUCACCGGAAAUUCUUACAACCACUGGGCCAACUGUGGACACAUCAACCAACGAUGUCCAACCACUAAAUCGUCGCUACACCAAAGCAAGUUUACAAUACAGUAGUGGCACAGAUUCGGGUACCUCAACAGAUUUGACUUCUACUUCGACAUCUUCUUCGUCACAACACCAGACUCACAGACAAACAUCAAAUAGUUCUUCUGUAUCUCUAGAAGCACUAUCUAGACGCGGCUCAAAUCCCGAGCCCGAAAAUCGUAUCGAAUCUUCAGCUCUAGGAAAUUCAUUGAACCAACUGAGUCAUGCAAGUAGCGGAACAAUGUCAUCACAGCAGCCAACAUGUGCCCGAUCGUGUACUGGUUGGGCUGAAAUCUAUGUUCGACGUCCAACUGGAAAUAUAUCGUGGAUAAUGCAUAUACAAAAUCCCAUAGCCAAUGACUGCCUUGGCACUGAUUUGCCUCUUAGCGAUUUGACGUCAUUAUUCUUACCGACAAUGCAUGGUGGAGUUUUUGGGCCAGAUUUUGUUGAAGAGGCUAAAUUGCUAUCGUCACCAGCACCUCCGAUGCCACCAACACUCUCACCUCGUGAACCAUUUGUUGAUCAAGAGCAACGUCCACGUCGUUUGGAUGCUGCUAAACUUGCUGUUGCAAGAGUUCGUGCUUUGCAGCGACAAGAAGAAGUUACAUCAGCAAUUUCAGCAACCAGUGGUCCCAUUGAUAUACCCAAAUCUUCUAAACGCGGAAAAGAUCCUUCGGGAAGUUUAAGCGAUGGCGAAGCGGACGAAGAAGGUGCUGCUUUUGAAGAUGGUCGCAGUAGGGCUCGAAAUCCAGUUCGAAGAGUCAAUUCCAGUCCCGAAAUGAGCUCGAGUUUAAGAAAACCAACUGGAAAAGAUUUUAAUAUUCCCGCCGGACCGACAAAUUUCAAUCAGACCGAUCAAGAGGAAGCAGCUAAAAAGAAGGUAGUUGUUGGUGGGGCUUAUACGAAAGAUAUACGAGUUAGUUGUGAAGCUAUUCCUGAAGAAAUUGCCGGCUCAACACCACCCAGUCAAGCUGAUUCGCUAAAAGAUGAAGAGAAAGAUAAUGCAGGAAAGAAAAAACAAGAAACAAAUACAUUAGGGAAGGAACCAAGUCUUCCGCCAAAACAACACUCUGCCGAUGAUGUUACCAAUCAAAUGUCUACGAACCCAGUAACCGGUUCAGCUUCAGCGACAAAUCUUAAAAUUCCACUUGAUGUUCAAAAAGUUAACACAAGUUCGAAACAAUCGACAGCUCCACUUUCACCAAGAUUAUUAGCUAAAAAUGCCGCUAUUAAGGUUGCUUCAUUUUCGUCGAAUGUCGGUGGUGGUGGUGGUGGAGGUAUGGGUGAUUAUGGCAACAAUAAUAUGGAUAUGAUACGAGGACGUUCCAAAACUAUAUCUGUUGUUCGAGAAGUCAAUGGAAAGAGUCGAACUCCUUUGGCGCUGCCUUCGUUUGGUGCAGCAGCAAAGGCAUCAAUGAAUUCAAAACUUGGAAUCAGUCCAAGUUUUGUCUUCCUACAGCUUUUCCACAAUGGUCAGUUGCAAUCAUCCGAUCCACCACUUAAAGUUGGUUCAGACAAUAUGGCAACCAUUACUUUGUUAGAUUUGAUUCCACCAUUUGAAACGCAUAAAUUUGGUGUUCUUUAUGUUGGACCCGGUCAGUGUAAUAAUGAAGUAGGAAUUCUUAGAAAUCGUUAUGGUAGUGUUAGGUAUGUAGAGUUUCUUAGAAGUAUUGGAACUUUGGUCAGUCUUAAGGAUGCCAAGGAGAAUAAUCUUUUUGUGAACAUGGAUACAAAUGGUUCAGAUGGUAAUUUUACUUAUAUCUGGAAAGAUGAUGUUGUUCAAAUAACAUUCCAUGUGGCAACUCUAAUGCCGAAUCAUGAAAAUGAUCCCAAUUGCAAUGAAAAAAAGAAACACAUUGGCAAUGAUUAUGUUAGUAUUGUGUACAAUGAAAGUGGUGAGGAAUAUAAUUUAAAUACCAUCAAAGGUCAAUUUAAUUAUGCAUGUGUUGUUGUUCAACCUCUGGAGCUUAACAUGAAUCGUGUGUUUGUUAAGGCUCGUCAUGAGAUUGCAAAGUUUGUUUGCCAUCCAGAACCGAAAAUUGUUUCCGAUCGAAGUGCACCGCUAUUAGCUCGUCAAUUAGCUUUGCAUGCUGAUCUGGCUUCACAUGUAUAUCAAAGUAUGAAGACCAAAAACCCCUACGCAUCCAACUGGCUUGAACGACUUAGAAAGAUUAAAAAUCUUCGCACAAAACUUUUGAAUGAAACCAAACAAAAACGUGACGCUGGCAAGGAUGAACACUCAUCAUGGUGGUGAGAUGAUGAUUCCUAACAAAAAAAGCUGUUAACAUUUUUUUUUAAAUUUGUUUUUAGCUUCAAUGUUUAUAAUUUUUUAAUUAAUUAUUAUUAUUAUUAUUAAAUUAAAUUCAUGCAUGUUUUAAUUUAACAAAAAAAAAAAGUUAUUCAACUCAAUAAAGUUACAU